GGCUAACAAAGAGGGGUGGAGGUGGAUGAUGAAUAAAAGGAGGUGUGUGGCCCUGAGCCCAGGGCUGCAGGGUAUGGGAGAGGAGGGAGACCCAAUCUCUGAAAAACCUACCAGCUUACCCUGAUGACAUGACAAACCGAGGUGGGUGACUUUGAUUUUGGAGCAUUAGAAACAGGAUUAGAAAGGUCAAGGGGUUAGGUUGAGUCAGUCAUUGAGCCAUGGGUGAUGUUAUAGGGCCUGGGGAUAAUGAGAAGAGAAAUGUUGAGGGUUGAGGCAAGGCUCCAGGCUGAGUGGAGCAGAGAGGAUGGGAAAAGGCUUGACUCAGAGAGAUGUGGAAGCCACAGUUUUCAAAGAGAUGUUGGCAAUCAAAGGGGCUCAUGGAUUGAAGUGGUCCUGGUGGAAAAACUAGCUGUCAACAGAGAGGAGGACUUGCCCUGGAAACCUCAACUAUUUCCUACUAUCUCGUUGACUUUGUUUUACUACAAGUGUAUUCUUUGUAAUGUCACCUCUUUAUAUAAUCAGUGAAUAUCAUUAAACAUCCAUUUCCUGAGCAACUCUGUUGCCUUAAGCAUGGGGCCUGAGUCUGAGGGGAGGCCACUUCUGAGGGGAGGUCACGUAUGAGUGGCUGUGAAGAGGCUGAAUCCCAUCUAAGGUAGAGUUGAGGGCCUGCCCCAUGAGAAUGAUGUCAGAAUGCUCAGGGAUGACAGCUUGACACCACAAAGCACCAUGCUGUUGGCCUAGCAACUGCCAGACCAGAACCACCUCAUUAGUCCACGCAUUCUUAACUAAGGAUGAUGCAUCUAUCAACUCCCCAGCCACGAUGUAGGCUCUACUGGGAGUGGAGGAAUAAUAAGAUGGAUACAAGAGUCCUUACCCUGGAGUUUACACACUGAUGAAGCACAGAUAAGUGGAAAUGUGAUGUGAAAGUUCAUGGCUAAAGCCGAGUUGUAAUCCUUUGGAAUUCCUGAGCAGGGGAGGAGAAGAUUAGAGAAGGCUUCCCAGAAGUAGGAGUUUGAAGGCAAGCAGAAGAGCAUAUGUAAACGCACCAGGCUGUGAAAUGGCCUGAUCUAUUUUGGCAGCCAUCUCUGGGGUCUGAAAUAAGAUGGAGUAGGAGUUAGAAGCAGGGGACCCACAAGUGAAGACCCUGAUGGUGAAAUAUGAGAGGCAAGCAUCCAGGCAUUUGAUGGGGGCCCUCAGUAUCUCCUGUUUUUGUCACUAGAGAUCUGUCAUAUCCUCCUACUCAUAAUGAGAAUAGUUCUGCUCCAAUCAGCCAAGGUGGACCUCAUGGACAUCAACAAGCUCUUCUCCCUCCUGCAGCCCGAUAAGGAGGAGGAGGACACCGACACAGGGGAGAAGCAGGCUCUCAAUCAAGCAGUGUACAACAAUGACUCCUAUACCUUGGACCAGCUUUUGCUCCAGGAGCGUUACAAACGAUUCAUCAACAGUAGAAGUGGCUGGGGUGUCCCUGGGACACCCUUGCGCUUGGCUGCUUCUUAUGGCCACCUUAGCUGCCUGCAGGUCCUCCUGGCACAUGGUGCUGACGUUGACAGCUUGGAUGUCAAGGCACAGACACCACUUUUUACCGCUGUUAGUCAUGGCCAUCUGGACUGUGUGCGUGUGCUUUUGGAAGCUGGUGCCUGUCCUGGUGGUAGCAUCUACAACAACUGCUCUCCUGUGCUCACAGCCGCCCGUGAUGGUGCUGUUGCCAUCCUGCAGGAGCUCCUGGGUCAUGGUGCUGAGGCCAAUGUCAAGGCGAAACUACCAGUCUGGGCGUCAAACAUAGCUUCAUGUUCUGGCCCUCUCUAUUUGGCUGCAGUCUACGGUCACCUUGAUUGUUUCCGCCUGCUUUUGCUCCAUGGGGCAGACCCUGACUACAACUGCACUGACCAGCACCUUUUGGCUCGAGUCCCAAGGCCCCGUACCCUCCUCGAAAUCUGCCUCCACCAUAAUUGUGAGCCAGAGUACGUCCAGCUGUUAAUUGAUUUUGGUGCUAACAUCUACCUUCCAUCUCUCUCCCUGGACCUGAACUCACAAUAUGACAAAGGCACUGCAUUGCUGCUACAGGCCCGAGCCACUCCACGGUCACUACUAUCACAGGCUCGUUUAGUUAUCCGCAGAGCCCUGCGCCAUGCCAGCCAGCCACAAGCCAUCGACCAGCUGGAUAUCCCCCCCGUGUUGAUUAGCUACCUCAAGCACCAACUGUAAUCUUGUAGCCUGCCCAGAAACCCACAACGCCUCCAAAAAACCACCUGAGGACCCAGGUAGCCAGAGGUCUACCCACUCACCUAAAGCUGCUCUCCUGUAUUAUCCUGCACAAUAAACUCCUCAACAAAAUAAA